GCGACACUAAUGACAUUUAAUGGCAUAUUAAUGAAUUUCUGUAACAAAAACGAAAUACGAUGUUCAACUAUUAAAAAUAAAACUGGAAUAUCUAUUGAGAAUAGUGGGCUGUGCCCAGAUGCUACGAAAACUAAUGCAUUAAAAAAUAAAUUCACCCAGGAAUUCGAUCAGGUUAUGGACUCAACACAGUUCAUAAGUCUAAUAAAUAAAUGCAAAUCUAACACUUCUGAUCAGUCUAAUCCACUGAAUACGUUUGUUCAUAAUUAUGAUUGGCUUAAAAAUGAUAAAG